AUGCCAGUCCCACGCGAAGAGUUCCUCAGCAACGUCUGGCGCGACGGCAUCUUCUCCAACAAAGUCAUCUUCUGCACAGGAGGCGCCGGAACGAUCUGCUCCAUCCAAGUCCGAGCCUUCGUAGCACUGGGUGGUAACGCCUACAUCAUUGGCCGAAAUGCAGAGAAGACAGAGAAGAUGGCCAAGGAUCUCGAAACAGCACGGAGAGGGUCGAGAGUGAUAGGCCAUGGCAAUGUGGAUGUCAGGAACGCAGUGGCAUUGAAAGAGGCGGCAGACCGAUGCGUCAAAGAGCUUGGAAGUCUAGAUUUUGCGAUUGCUGGUGCGGCAGGAAACUUCCUUGCGCCGAUGAGCCAACUUUCGCCGAAUGCGUUCAGGACGGUGAUUGAGAUCGAUACGAUUGGGUCGUACAAUACCGCGAAGGCAGUGCUGCCGCACCUUGUCAAGAGUGCGAAGACAUACCCCAACACUGGCAAGCACUCACCUGCUGGUACUGGCGGCCGUAUGAUCUUCGUCUCUGCUUCAUUCCACUUCAAGGGCCAACCUCUCCAAGCGCAUGCACAAGCCGCGAAGGCUGCGGUCGACCAGAUCAGCAACAGCGUAGCGAUCGAAUACGGACCGUACGGCAUCACCAGCAACGUCAUCACACCAGGCCCAAUCGCCAACACCGAAGGCAUGGAGCGGCUAGCGAAGCUGGAUGGAGGCGCUGAGAAGGAACAUGCAAAGAUCAUCCCGCUUGGUCGAUGGGGUCAAGUGAGAGAGAUCGCCGACGCUACGAUAUAUCUGUUCUCUGAGGCAGGCAGCUACGUCAACGGCAAUAUCUUGGUAGUAGAUGGUGGACAGUGGAGGACAAGUGGUGCUGGUCAAGGGAAAGGCUUUGCUUAUCCUGACUUUUUGCUAUCAGGCGAUGUUGUCGAGGGUGUAAAGGGUGGUAAGAGAACAGACAGUUCGAAGCUCUAA